CUGCGGGCGGUUGUCCCGGCUGGAGCCGUGUGGUGCCUGAGGAGUUGCCUCGCGGAUUUCUGCGGAGCUGCGUGGGAAGGCGUGGCCAACCAGUGCCUCUAGGUUACUUGCAAACAGGAGAUGGAGGAAUAACCCUUUUCACCAUUGUUCUGAGAUCCUGUUUAAAAGCUCCAAAGGCAAAGAAAUAUCAUUUGUUAAGAAGAGAUGGAUGGAGAAGAGAAAACAUAUGGUGGGUGUGAAGGCCCCGAUGCUAUGUAUGUGAAGUUGAUAUCUUCUGAUGGCCACGAGUUCAUUGUUAAACGGGAGCAUGCACUCACAUCAGGAACAAUAAAGGCAAUGUUGAGUGGCCCAGGCCAGUUUGCUGAAAAUGAAACAAAUGAAGUGAAUUUCAGAGAGAUUCCUUCCCACGUCUUAUCUAAAGUAUGCAUGUAUUUCACCUAUAAGGUUCGCUACACUAACAGCUCCACAGAGAUUCCUGAAUUUCCAAUUGCACCUGAGAUUGCACUGGAACUGCUGAUGGCUGCAAACUUCUUAGAUUGUUAAAUAGAAUAAAUUAUAAUAAAAAUGUAAACCAUC